CACACACAGAAGACGAAGAAGAAAAGGAAAUACACAGGGUUGAGGAUCAUGGGGAACAGCGCCCUCAAGUCACACCUGGAAACUUCCCAGAAAACUGGAGUGUUUCAGCUGACCGGAAAAGGCCUGCAAGAGUUUCCAGAGGAGCUGCAGAAGCUAACCAGUAACCUGAGGACGGUGGAUCUGUCUGACAACAAGAUCCCAGUUCUUCCUGCUGCUAUUGGGAACUUCCUGCAGCUUAAGAGUUUGACGCUGAAUUCCAACAAACUGAGCAUAUUGCCCGCUGAGAUUGGAAAGCUAAAGAAGUUGGAAAGCCUGAGUCUGAAUGGAAACCAGAUCACCCAGCUUCCCUCAACCAUGGGUCAGCUUAAAGCCCUUAGGACUCUCAACCUAGCUGGAAACCAGAUCUCAGAGUUUCCCUCUGGGCUGUCAACACUUCGACAACUGGACCUGAUAGAUCUGUCCAGGAACCAGAUCCACAGUAUCCCUGCACAUGUGUCUGAGCUGCAGGUCAUUGAGAUCAACCUCAACCAGAACCAGAUCUCUGUGAUUUCAGCAGAUGUGUCCAAGUGUCCUCGUCUGAAGGUACUUCGUCUGGAGGAAAAUUGUCUGGAGCUUUCGUCCAUCCCAGUGUCCAUCCUAGCUGAUUCUCAGGUGUCCCUGUUCUCUGUGGAAGGAAACUUGUUUGAAGUCAAGAAUCUUAGAGACCUGCAGGGAUAUGACAAGUACAUGGAGAGAUUUACAGCCACAAAGAAGAAGUUUUCCUGAAAACUCUAACAAACCCAUGAGCAGCUACAGAAGUCCUCCUAGAGAACUGUCCUUCAGCCUUUUAAACUCAGCUCUAAUGCUGGUUUUGCCCUCAUUAAUUUCCUACAUCUGAAAGAUCUGUGAAGGUUUUGACCUACCACAGGUAACAGCAGGAGCAGAUAACAAGAGAAGACAACGAUGGGGAAGAUUGAAGGUUUCAUAAUGAACUUUCUGUGAUGUCACUGGUUAUGUAAACCACAGAGUCAUAUAUUUAUAAAGUUUGUCCACCAGAACUUAUAUUUAAUUCACCAAAACAUCCUUGACUAUAAAAAUGAAUGAUGCUUAUGGCUGUUGUCCUUUACACAAACAAAACUAGCUUUUGUUUUACGGUGCAUGGCAUGUUGGACUAUGGAUCUGGGAGAAGACUCACUGUCAGAAUCCAAGCAGGAGUUUUAACUCAACCAAUAUAACUACUUGAAAUGAUAUAACUUGAAGCGCAGAUAAUUUGGUUAUUGUUGCUAAUUAUAGCAAUAGUUCUACUACUACAAAACUAAAGUUGUAUAACUAACAUUAUCCCUGUUUCAGUAGCAUCAGCAGUGCUACUAUAGCAACAUGGGUCGAUGCAACUUACUAAUGCGUUAGUGUGAUGUUUGCGCUAACUAACCAUAAAUUCAGAUUAGUGUCCUAGAACAUUGAGCCACUGUGUGUUGAUACGAGGAUCAAACACUGUUUUUUCUUUGAAUGGUUUCAAGGUUUUACUAAAGUCUUCAUUAGCUUAAGAGCUUGGCUUUGCAUCCACAAAGCACUACUUUUGUUGUUAAAUAAAAAAAUAUUGUGUUUGUGUUUGAAA